AUUCACUACAAACAACAGACGUAGACGAUAAUUUAAAAAUUUCCCGGCUGCCAUUUUCACAUGUUGGCCCCCAAAUUUUCUUCCGAUUUUGAAUCCAAUGGCUUCUUCGAAGAAAAUGGCAACCAUGAUAUCUUCCAUUGCGUCAUGCGUAUAUUUCCUUGUCAUCGUAUUUCAGGUCCCUCUUUUCAGAGUACCGUGUCGAAGAGGAACGUGUGCAACACCAAUGGAGGUAGCAUCGUGCCAGUUGAUGGCGACAAGAGUUUUUCCUGAAUUUGUGAUAAAGGCUCUUCUGUAUCCAGGCGCCAUUGCGAAGGCUAUCAUCACUCACACAACUAUCCCCACCUUUGACAGAAUCUUCAAGUUGUAUAACUUGGCCUCUGUCAAGAGACCCUCUUCUGCAACUGAUCUCCAUCGCCUAGAGGUUCUUGCAGGAAGCUACUUGUGUGUUGCAGGAGCAUUUUUGAGUCUGAUAAAGCCUGGAAGAAUUAGUUUAUUUGGAACACUUCUAACCUUAUGGGGACUUGCAAGAGAAAUUCUUCUCAAGAAAGUGGGUGAGACAAUAUUCCACAAAACUUCAACAGUUGAUAUCUAUCCAAUGAUGUUAGUUUCUGUGUCUUGUGCUUUCUUGUCCGUAAGGAGGUACGUAAGAAGAAUCGUCGGAAGUUCGAAAGCAAAAUUAGACUAAAAUCAUUUAGUACAACUUCUAACACAUCUUCGUAAUUUAUUUAACAGUACGAAUGUAUUCUUGAAAUUGUUUCGAAUUCAGAGUAGGAUGCCAGUUUUUAACUUGUGUUAACCUUCAAUUAGGAGGAAUGGAAAAGGUUUUUUUCAUAUGAAGAUAUGUUUUGGGUGCCUUGUGUUAGACACUUUCUGUUUUACUGGUUAUAAUUUGGUUA